GAGCCAAGUGAUCUGUUGGAGAAGAUAGCAAAACAGUUUCAGUUGAACAAAAAACAGUGGCUUUCCUUCCAAAUAAUUGCAGAUCAUUUUAUCCAAGCACAUGUUAAGCAGUUAAAGUCCCAACAGCAAUUGUCCAUGCAGAUGACAGGGCCAGGAGGGACAGGUAAAAUGCAUGUUGUGAAAGCUGUUCAGCAUGUCAUGGAUUACUACUGCUGUGGUCACUUGAUUUGUUUCUUAGCUCCAACAGGCUCUGCAGCUUCACUGAUAGAUGGAAUGACUGUCCACAAAGCACUGGGUAUAAGA